GAUACAAAUAUGCCGAUGAGCAGCGCCAUUUUUGCUUAUGCGCGCCAGAUUUUGAACAUUAAUUUUCGGCGCCGUUUCAUGGAUUUAUUACACGAUGCCGCUCCUUUCUAAGCGUAUAUUCAACUGUGUGAAACCUCUGUCGGAUGUCAGACCCGAUGAGAAAAUAUAUACCAUUCCUCACACGAAAGAACAACUCCGUUCUCAAGAGGAAUAUGAAAAGCGUCUGCAGCUUUACAAGAAAAGGAUCUGGACAUGUCAGAGUACUGGGCAUGUAAAUCUGACUCAUGAAGAAGCUUGGAACUCUGAGAAGGCAGUUCUUAAAACAUUGAAGGAACAGUUUGCUCCCUGUUAUGACAAGCCUGUUCUGGAACUAGUCCAUCACAGUACAAAGUCAUUGGAUACCUUAGUAGAUGAAGCAUGGCUGGUGCUACAGCAAGUUCUUGUUGUAGGGGAGAGAGUCCUUUUAAAGGUCAAAUCUGGUGGAAAAUCGAUGAAGGCAGUUAUUGUGAAGGUUGAUCCAGCUGGAUACGAGGGAAAUCCAACCAGUAACUGUAAUUCUCCAUCAAGUGACAAAGAGAACAAAGACAAUAACUCCUCAUCUCCAAAGAAAUGGGUCCCGCCAAAAUUGUUACCUUACAAGUACAGUAUCCGGUUUGAAAAUGAAGACAGUGUUAUACAUUCUGUACCUGCAAAUGAUUUAAGUCGCGGUGAUAAGCCACCAUCAAAAGAGUUGUUGCGAUUAUUUAUUCGCACAUAUGCUGUAAGGGCAGGGCAUACACCAAACAGUCCAUGGAUCGUUGAUGAUGCUCAAGUAAAGAAAUUGGACCUUCAAAGCAAAUUUGCAAGUUUUCUUUUGUCUCCUGUAAAGUGGAAAGCGGAUGAAAUUGCUAAGAAAAUUGACGAGGAAAUAAAAAGCAUCAAAUCUGCAAGUAAAGCUUCUCCAAGGAUAAAAACAAAAAUGGAUGCCAAGGAAGAAAAACGCAAAGAAAAAGCAAAAAAAUCUAUCUCAAAAAUGGAAAAGAAAAGUGAAAAACUGAAGCAGCAGAAAGAAAAACAGGCAAAGAAAAAUGAAGUGACUGAGUUAGACUCUUCAGAUGAUUCUUCUGGUGAGGAAUCAGAAAAUGAAGACAAUAAAGAUGCAGUCAUUGUGUCUGAUUCAGAUGCGGAUUCCGAUACACCGCUCUCGGUUGUUAAAACUCAAUUGACGCCAAAGAAAAAAUCUAGUGAUAGUAGUUCGGAAAAAUUGGAGAAAGUAAAAAAGAAGAAAGCUGUGUCGCUUGCAGAUUUACAAAAACAGUUGAAAUCUAAAAAUAAAGAAGGUAAAUUGAAAAAGCCAUUGACUUUAGCAGAUUUGAAGAAACAGAUGGAGAAAAAGAAAAAUAAGAAAUUGGACAAGGAAAAGAAAAAGUCUAAGAAGGGGCAGGACCCCAAACAAAUGACUUUACUUGAUUCCUUGAAAAAGAAAGGUUUGAAAACGCCAGAAAAGAAAAUGAAAAGUCUCAGUAAACAGAACAGUCCAUUGAAAAUGCAGAAAACACCAGACAUGAAGAAGAAAUUGAUGAGCCCUCCAAGGACGCCUAUUGUUGUUCAGAAGUUGCAGCAAGCUAUUAAAAAGGAGGACAAAUCUCUCAUUGGUUUGUAUUCAACACAAGCAGCAAAGGUACUCACAAAUGGUCAGAGGGAGAAACUUGGCAGUGAGGUGAAAGAGCUGGUCAUGAAGAAAUAUAAUCUCCUACAAGAGAAGCUGAAGUUAUCUAAGAUGACAGAAGAAGAGAAGAAAGCUUACUUGGAAAAGAGAGCACAGCAACGUAGAGAAGAGUACAGGAAAAAACUGAAACAUUCCAGAAAGAAAUUUGAGGACACAUGCCUUGACCUGAAGGCAUUACCACCUCCAAAGCUGGUUGUUACCCCUGAUGGCUUACCAAAUGAAUUAUUUGGAGAUGUUACCAUGGUUACAGAGUUUAUAUCCUGUUAUUCUGGACUCCUUAUGCCAGAUGAUGAGUACCCCAUAUACACAGAGGCCCUUAUGAAAGCAUUGGCAGCUGGUAAAGAUGGUUUCACAUAUUUAUGUCGGACACUUACAGUGUUGUUACAGACUUUACUCCAAGAUCAGAUUGCAGAGGAUUAUGAAGAGUUGAAAGUUCCACUGUCUGAUAUCCCAGUCAACCCUUGCACUUGCUCCGAGCUGGUUAGAUUGUGUUUGCGACGACAAGAUGUUACUGAUGACAAAAGUGAUACAAGUUACAACUCUGAUGAGGUUGGGGAGGGAGAAGUGCCUGAUGACUUGAUCCAGUUGUUGGAAACACAGGAGUUGUACCAGUUGGAAGCAGAGCAAAAACUGGCAAUACUGAAAGGUCUGUGUGAGAGAAUAAUGGGAACAUACUCUGUGCAGGAUUAUAUGGAGGAAAAGCAACAAGAAUCUGCUGGCUUGUGGAGACAGCAGAUAGCUAAGUGGAAGGAAGAGAAGGCAAGCCAACAAGCAAAGAAAGCUGAGGAGAAACAGAAGAAGGAAAAUGAUAAAGAAGUUCAGGAUGAUAAAAAGAAAGCAAAACCAGAGAAAGAGAAAGAGAAAGAUGCUCCCACCAACAACACAUUACUGACUCAGUUUUACGGUAAAAAGGAUGAGGAUGGUCAGACUUCCGGUGACAACAGUGAGACCCCUAUGGAUGUUGAAGAUGAUGAUGUUAUAUCAAAAAUCAAAAGACGUCGUCUCACAGCUGCACAGGCGCUGGAGGAAAGAAGGAAAAAAGAUUUAGAAGACAAAAUCAGACGAGAAAAGGAGCAAGAAAUACUUAGACAACAGAAGGAAAAAGAACAAUUUGAAAAGGAUUUCAAUGAAGGUGUUCUCUUGGCCAAAAUAACACAGAGACAGACACCUGUUGGUACAGAUAGGAAUCACUCGCGAUACUGGGUCUUCUGUGAUGUUACUCCUGGUGUAUUUGUUGAAAAAGGUUGGGUAGGUGAGGAGAUUGAAUAUACAUGUAAGAAAGACACAGAUGAUGACAUUGAGUCCUCAAGCUCAUCCGAGGAUGAAGAUGAGGCAGAAGGCGAGGAGGGAACCAAUGCAGCUGGUACCCAUAAGAAAAACAAACCACCUAAGGUGGUGAAAUGUGUUGAUACCACGUUUCCCCAUGUUGGUCAAAAUCUGUGGUUUACAUAUGACAAACAGUCUGCAGUAAAUGAUCUCAUUGACGCACUCCACCCACAGGGGUCCAGAGAAAGCGUUCUGAAAAGGGAACUUGUAAAAAGACAAGCAGAUAUCACAAAAGCGAUAUAUAGACAACAAAGAUCCAAUCUGGAACUUCGUGAUUGUGAUGGUGAUAAAGAAAUGAUAGAAUCUUUGAAAAAGGAAUUAUUGGAAACUGAACUAAGAUUACGAAAUGGUGGUUUAGGUGGUGUUGACGAUUUCCCAACCUGGAACACAAAACUGGAAACAGCAGUUGAUGUCUCUACCUUGGGUGACUGUUUACUGGAGUGCCAAGAAAAUGUGUUGGAGAAGUUCCGUGAUGGUAUCAUGGUUAUAAAGAAGAAGAAAAAUGCAGCUGUGAAAGAGGAAGAUGAGGAAGAAGAAGAAGAGAAGUUGGAGGCUCCUGGCAUUCAGCACUGGCGGGAAGCUGUCAAAUCAUGUGGAACAUUGUCUCGUUUACAUGUCUUGCUGGGCAUACUUGACUCAUGUAUAAAAUGGGAAAAGUCUGCAGAAAAUGCUAAAUGUAAGAUCUGUCGAAAGAAGGGACAAGAAGAUAAAUUGUUGUUAUGUGAUGACUGUAAUCAGGCUUUUCAUAUUUACUGUCUACGUCCAGCAUUACCAUGUGUACCGAAAGGAGACUGGAAAUGUAUUGGUUGUGCUCCAUUAGCAAGGAAGCGUGUGAUUGAUGUCCCUGGUAAAUAUCAUGAAGAUUCAGAAGAUGACGAGGAAAUUAAAGAAGCAAAAACAAAGAGUAUAAAACAUGAUGAAACUUGUCUCGAAUGCGGGGGUGAUGAGAGUUUAAUUCUGUGUGCUGAGUGUCCGUCUGCAUAUCAUUUAGAAUGUCAUGAUCCACCAUUGAGACAUCCACCAAGGGGACGAUGGGUAUGUAAUGACUGUAAGAAUGGUGUUAAGAGAAGAACUCGGAGAGGGGCAGUAAAUCAAGAUGCCAGAAAAAGAGGUCGACCAGCAGCAAAGAGAAAACGUUACGUAGAAUCCAGUGAGGAGGAAUCUUCGGGAGAAGAAACUGAGGGGAAUGACAACGAUGAGGAUGAGGAGACCGAGGACGAGGAUAGCAAACCUCCACCCAGAAAGGCAGCUCGUACAUCUAAGGGUAGAGCCGGUAGACCACCAGGUAGAAAACCUAAAAAUGCUAAAUCGGAGUCGCCACGGAAUGAAGUUGGCAGGCCAAAGGGAAGGAGGUCUGCACCAUCACCUGAGCCUGUGUACGAAACUAAACCAAAAGUAUCAAGGAGGGCACCUUCUGAGUUAUCACUCAUAGAAGACAUUAUCAACAAGAUGUUAGAUUUCAAGUCGGCAUGGCCUUUCUGGCAUAAUGUCAGCAAAAGAGACGUACCGGAUUACUAUGAUAUUAUAAAGCAGCCAAUCAGCUUUCAGAAAAUCAAAGAUAAGUUGAACUGUCUUGUGUAUGGUUCACCACAGGAGGUCAUAGAUGAUGUAGCCCUUGUGUUUAGAAAUGCUGUGGAAUAUAAUAAGGUUGGAAGUGAAGUUUAUGAUUGCAUUGACUUGUCGGAGAAAUACUUCGUGGAUCUAAUGAAAAAGUACCUUCCCUUUUAUGCUUACAAUCGUGACUGUAAAUCAAAUGGUUACGGUGAUCAUAUGUACAGUGACGAGGGACGAAAAUCACGGAAAAGCAAAUAGUUUGGAUAAUUCCUCCCUGUCAAUGGAUUUUAAUGAGUGGAUUUAUCAUGAAAUGUUCGGAUAAGCAAAUGACAAGCUUUUUCAUUGUCACAAGAUUUUAAUGUUUUUGUUGAGUGGUUGAACUGUGAUCAUGACACGCUUAACUGCUUGUCCAGUAAAGGAAAAGCAGUAUGAGAGUGGAGUACUUUUGUCAUUGAUACUGCUCACAGUGCUUCAUCAUUAGUAUAAAUUCUGCUGAAAAAAAAAAUGAAAUAAUGUCGAACAUACUUAACAUGAUUAGCAGAAUAUUGGACAUUAAAGGGGUGAUAUUUUAGAAUGUUUUGUUGGGCCUAGAUGUACUCAACACUCAACCGAUUAAACUCCGAACCUAAAAUACUUACCUCCCUCAUAGUACGGGAAAGAUGUGUUUAAAAAGUGUGAUGAACAAGGAUAUACAUUGAAAUGGCAUUUAUAUGUUGUUAAAAAAAAAGCAUGCUGGCUUUCAUGUUGCAGCAUUUAAACAGGCCGAAAAUCAUGUAUUCAGUGUCAAUUAUCUUCAAAUUAGACUUUUAUUUUGAUUUAUGACUUAGCCAUUACUUGCAGCUAGACUUAAUUUGCCUAAAAUGUUCCUAAAAAAAAAGCUUAAACUGUUAAAGAGUUAAACAAGGAUGAAAUUUUUAUUAAAAGAUUAUGAUGUUAACUGUUUUUAUCAAGAAGACAGUGCUGUCUGAACUAUUUCUGGGAUUAUUUUAAAUAUCCUUAAAAUUUAAAAUGAUAUAAAUCCAUAGAUCCAUUUCAAUUUAUUGUUAUGGUUUAUUAGGAUAUCUUAACAUAUUGCAGAGUUUUUAUUUCUGCAAAACAUUGUUCAGAUGUAGAAAUAAGCACAGAGUUCUUUACAAGAUUUUGAAAAGUGUGAAAAAUAUUAAAAGUACUACAUUAUUGAGGGGCAUCUUUUACAGUUUUAGCAUCUAGAAUUUUUGUGCAGAUUUCCAGUAUAAGGUAUUUCAUAUUUUAGAUAAUAGUGUAAAUAGAAAUAAUUUAUUCUAAUGCACCAUCGUGUCAAUUUUAUUCUGCUUAAAUAAUAAAAUAUCUUGAAAUUAAGUGUUUUAUGUUGCAUUAUGCAUGAUUAAGGUUGUUUUAUAAGUAGCAAAUUAAAGUUGAAAUUGCAGGAGAAUAUAUUUAGUUUUGCAUGGAAAUAAUUUAUGAAUAGUCAACGAGUAUUUGUUGUUAUUUUUAUUUGCUAGUUCAAAGAAUGAAUUAUUGGGGUAGAUAGGGUAUAUUCUGAUUGAGUGCAAGUUUUUUAUAAGAAACAAAACAACACUUGGUUGGUUUCACUGGAGCUUUCCAUCUCUAAGAACUUCUUAUUAUUUUCUUUCCAAAGGUUUCGAAAUUUAUUUUAGAUUGAACUUUAAUAUAUAUAACACAGUAAAAAAAACUGUUUGGAGUUUCACAGUCAGAAGUUAGGUUUCACAUGUAUAUUUGUGAUAUAUUCACUUUAUCCCAUAGAAAAUAAGUACACAAGUUAUAUUUAUGUAUAACUGCAUUUACCACAUAAAAGCAUAUUUAAAGCAGAUCCUUGUGAAAAUUCUGUUGAACAAAAUGGAACAUAUUGUUAAAUAACAGUUGUCAGCUGGAUUUAAGGUCUAGAGUUUUUAUGCCCCUGGCAUCUACUGAUGCGGGAGGCAUAUAGUGAUUGUCCUGUCCGUACGAGGUUAACCAAAUGGUUUCGUCUAGCAUCAAUACCCCUUACUAGAAUGACUUGAUACUAAUGCAGAUGUAACCUGUGACCAUUCCUCAUCUUCAGACAUCACCUGACCUCAGUUUGACCUUGACCUCAUUUUGGACUUUGGUUGCUUUAUAGGGCCAUCUCUUGGUUAAACAAAUGGAACUGUUUCGUCUAGCAUCAAUACCCCUUACUAGAACGACUUGAUACUAAUGCAGAUGUAACCUGUGACCAUUCCCCAUCUUCAGACAUCACCUGACCUCAUUUUGGACUUCGGUUACUUUAUAUGGGCCAUCUCUUGGUUAACCAAAUGGGACCGUUUCGUCUAGCAUCAAUACCCCUUACUAGAAUGUCUUGAUACUAAUGCAGAUGUAACCUGUGACCAUUCCCCAUCUUCAGACAUAACCUGACCUCAGUUUGACCUUAACUUGACCUCGUUUUGGACUUUGGUUGCUUUAUAUGGCCAUCUCUUGGUUAACCAAAUGGGACCGUUUCGUCUAGCAUCAUUACCCCUUACAAGAAUAAAUUGAUACUAAUACAGAUGUAAACUGUGACCAUUCCUCAUCUUCAAACAUCACCUGACUUCAGUUUGACCUUUACCUCGUUUUGGACUUAGGUUGCAAAAUCAAUCGACAAGGAUGCCACCGGGGGCAUCAAGCGUUUAUUGAACGCAGCUCCUUGUUUUUCAAUAUGACUGCUCAAAAUUUUAUUGGAUUUAAAAACAAUUACUUAUCAGCAUGUAUUCUCUGCCCCUGUAUCAUGCUUGGAAGUUGUCAGUCCUUUAUUGUGGAGAUUUUCGGACUUUCAGUUGAAGAUCUGGAGUUCUUUCCUGUGAUUGGUCAAAUGCUCUUGGAUAAAACGAUCGACAAAAGACUAUUUUCUUCAGUCCUUGCCAGUACCCAUCUCUGGAUAUCUGCUGACUACCAUUCUAAUGGGUUGGAGUUUUUUUUAUAACAUUAGUAAACAGAGUUGAAAGCAGCAAACAUUCUUCCUUGUAUGAGGAGAAGUUGAUACAGCCUUCUGCGGAAUAGUUCAGUUCUGCAGAGAAAUCCUCAUGAUCAAAAUAUUUUACCAUAGUACAAAUCUAUUUCUUGAAGUAUCUUACCCAUUGGUUCUUACAUAAUGGUUUUACAGGGAUCUGAUUUAAAUGGUGCUGUAUUAUCUUACUAUUGUGAAUGUAUUGUGGUCACAGAAUCCUGUUGUUUUUGUGAUUUAUAUGCUGUACAUUGUUUGCUUGUAAUGUAGGAUUAUGUCAUAAAAAGUGAAGAAAAAAAUAAAAGAUAAAAAGAUA